AUGGGGCAACCACAAGAACUAGAAACAUCGGAAAACCCUCCCAGAAAGCGCACCCCAUCAUCAUCAUCAUCAUCAUCAUCACCUUCUUCUUCUUCUUCAUCCACAAACUCGCUGUCGGACGAUGGUUCAGAACCAAACCUCGUCAUAAACACUGACCCCUCUUCAGAGGAUGACCAACAUGACUCUCCCCAGGUCAGAGGCCCGCGGCGUAGUCGAAGGCUAAACAAAAUAAAUCAGGGCCAACCCACAAAGGUCGCUGAAGCGACAGAAGCAGGAGCACCACUAAUGCUCACAAAGGUCGCUGAAGCGACACAAGCAGGAGCGCCAGAAAUAGUGGGUAACACACAGACAGAAGACGAUGUCAGCACACAGGCAGGAGCACCGCCGAAGGCUGUCACAACACAGAUGGAAGACGAUGCCGAAAAACGAGACACUCAACAAACAAAACCUAGGCCUCUUACAGUCACCUUCAGUGACAAGGUUAGAGCAGAAAGCCCGAAAACACCAGAGGGAAUGAAAUCACCCGCAACAUCAGCGGCAAACACUCCGAUUCUGCAACAGGCAAAAGGGAGGAGAAGAGUGCCGCCGAUCACGGUCUAUGAAACAAAAGGCUACACGACCCUGAUAGGGCAAAUACAAGGUAAACUUACAGGAGCGCUCAGCACCUCAUACAAGGGUAACUCUAUAGUUUACCAGGCAACAAACCCGGAACACUUUCAAUACCUGAAAGACGAGUUUAGGAAAAAGAAACUCGAAUUCUUUACGUACAACGACAAUCCCAAGAGCACACUUAAAGUUGUCAUAAAACGUCUCAUCCCCUACUGGGAAACGGACGAUAUAAAACAGGCACUCCUGGAGAAAGGUUUCCUGGUCCAGGAAGUCUAUCAGAUGGCUUCUCCAAAAACAAGAAUGACCGAAUCCGGCGAGCACAUGUCCGCCCCAAGAAGAAAGGGACCAAACUAUCAAGUAAACCUACUAAACACUGAGGAGGUCCAGAAGAUAUUCCAACUGAAACGCCUCCAAUACAUGACAGUAACAGUCGAGAGGUACAAAAGACCAAGUGGCCCAACGCAAUGUUAUAUUUGUCAACGGUUCCGACAUGGUGCAAACCAAUGCUAUCUCACCCCACGAUGCGUCAAAUGUGCUGGACCACACCUAUCGAGCGUCUGCAAAAUGAAGCCAGAAGAACCGGCAAAAUGCGCCAACUGCGCUGGGAACCAUCCAGCAUCAUUCCGAGGAUGCCCAGUAAGGAUGAAACUCAUCCAGGCGCAAGAGCAGAUGAGAGCUCCACCACAAGCAAGGAGCAGACAUCUCCCCACCACUCCAAAUCAAGAACUGCCCAUAACCACUCCACACACGAUAAAUAAUCCCCAACCAGUAGCCAUCAGAACGCCAAAAGCUCCCCAACCAAAAUCGCUUCUCCCACUGCCACAAACUGGCGCCAAUGUAAAUCAAGCAGAAAGUCAGCAACAACAACUGCAACAUAUGCCUCCGGGCCCCAAAACUAUGGCACAAGCCAUUCAAGCACCCAGACCCAAACCACAAAUAAAUCCACGACCAGAGAAUGUAAAACCGCAGGAAGAACCAGCCCCCUCUCCACCACUGCCACAAAUCGAAGUGCCCCCACCACUGCCACCCCAAAUCCCAAAUAUCAGCACCCCUGCAGAGAAAGAGACAACAAGGGUAGCAGCAGAAGAAAAAGAUACACAAAGACCAGAGGAAGAAAGAAAAGCAUCAGCUCCUACAACAGCAGAGUCCUCCACCACCCCAAUUCCCGCUGACGCAGAACCAAGCGGAGUGGAACCAUCCACAACAUCGCUGCCAGGCACACAUCCUACCCAGACGACAGCGGCCACCCCAGGUCCUGCACCACAGCAACAAACCGCAACAGAACAACCCAUGCAGUUUCUCCAACAAAUAUGGAACAUCAUCAAAUCAAUGUUAAGCGACAACCUUACUAGUCUGCUUAACAAACUAACGCAAGCAUGUGGCGAAAUCAUGGCAGCACCCGAUAUGAUGGCAAAAAUCGCGGUAAUCCUCACAAAAAUCGUGCCUCUAUUCACCAAUGGCCAAUAG